AGGGGUCCUCCUCCAACUCCUAAGAGUACUCCUGCAGAGAGACUAAAAGCUUUGAAUUUCCCAAUCGCCAAGAUCACCAUUGGCCAAUGGGCCUACCGUGCAAUCAACCCUGACGAUAUUGUGGCGAAAAUAUAUUUUGCAAAGAAGAAACUUUUAUGGGAGUUUCUCGACCCUGGAAAACCAGAGACUUGCACGCCCAGGCUCAAGAGCAAGAUCGAGAUCCACUGGGAUGAUGUCUCUUCUUUUCAAGAGAGCAUUAAUAUACGUGAUGACACUGGAAUCCUCAAAAUCGAGUUGAAGAAACGGCCAACAUUCUUCAUAGAGACUGACCCACAGGCAGGAAAACACACGCAAUGGAAACAAAUAGAAGAUUUCACCCUAGGUCAUCAGGCUUCUACUUUCAGGAGACAUACACUUCAUUUUCAUGCCGGCGUUCUGCAAAAGAACUUGGAGAAGCUUUUGGCCGAUAGCUUCUGGUCCAAACUCCAUCAAGUCCGUUUCCCCGUGCAACAAGGUAUUCACUUCGACAUUGACUAUGGAAGCAACUGCGCCACCACAAUCAACUCAUCUCGCUACAUCUUGAGCCAGACACCUCUCCCUAAUGUCAGCAGUGGCCUUGUCCAUCACCAUCCUCAAGGAAUUGGUCGCGUGGGAGUGGGAGAAGGAAACUUUAACGUGGCACCUCAGUUGUGGGCUAACUCAUAUCGUCAAGCCAAUAGUUGGAACAACACUGGGAAUGUGUUGUUUGGGACGCAAGCCAUCCCACCUCUGCCUCAGUUGGUCAACGUUAACGAGAGUUACAGGCAAAGUCAUUUCACCAGUUCAGGUAAUCUGAUGAUCCAAGACGAGAGCGGAGCAAUGCAAAACACAAGGGGGAUACUUGGGAAUCAAGCAUAUGCAUUACCUCAGCAGACACAAACUAACUUGAUGAUGCCUCAACACAUGAACGUGAGCCCAAUGUAUCCUCUGGUUGGACCGUAUCUAGCAAACACAUUGCUUCAAGAAGAGGAGAGACAGCGCAUGGAACACACACGUCUUGGUGGAAACUUUCAGAUCAAAGAUUACCAGGAAACAAGCAGUAACGAUUGGUCAUUUCUUCCUUAUAUGGACAUGAAAGAUGAUUCCAACGAUAAAGAUAGUUAG